AUGUCAAGUUUAGUGAUGUCGGAUUACUCUCGAGUAAGCGCCAUCGAAAUUCUUGAUCUACUCGAUUUCGAUGCGAACGAUAAACUGAUUCGCUAUCUUACUGGCGAGCCGCCGGAGCUGCCGAAGGGAAUUCGAAAAUUUCUCAACUUUAAAAUUUUCGAAAAUCUGAAAAAUGAUGAUUUGGUUGUCAAUUUGACCGCUUUUCUUCACUUUCAACCGAAAUACAAUUGCGAUUUUCGAAAUCGCAAGGUGAGAAUUUUGCUACCUAUGUUGUUAGACGCGUUGCGGCUCGCGUGCGGUCAUCCUCUGUUUUCUUUUUGCGACACCACUAAAAUCGCCAAAUUGCAUACAUCCGGUUGCUCUCCGGAAUGUACUCAACUCAUUCAACCGCACGCGAGCCGCAACGCGUCACCAUCUUUGCAGGACGAUGGCGACGAGUACUUCCGUGGGGGACGAAAAUAUAUUCAUCCAUGGGGAUCGAAUCGCUACGCACUUUAUGUGAAAGGGCGAUUCGAGAGCGAUAAAUGGUUGGGAUCUGACGGAAAUGAGGGCGAAUGGCCGGCGGCUUAUCACGGCACGUGCUCGAAAAACACGUACGGCAUCGCGAAAGAGGGGCUCGACGUCGAGCGCAGCAAACGAUCGCGAUACGGCUUCGGAAUCUAUUGUACGCCGGACCCGAAAACGGCGAAGCGAUACGGCAAAAAAUUCAUGCAUAAUUUCCGUGCAGUUCUGGUGCCAUGUCGGAUGAUCGCCGGAUUUCAGGGAAAGAAUUAUCGCAUCAUUUUCCAAGUGCGCGUUCAUCCCGAAAAGUUUCAAGUGGUGAAAGAAGCCGAUGAAGCCCGCGGUGAAUAUUGGCUGCUGCCUGAUAGCGACUUCAUCAGACCUUAUGGUAUCUGCGUCUACGAGUGUCGAGACAGGAAGGAGAGUCGCAAAAAAAUGGAUGAAGGAAGCGAUGAGUGUAGUUCGAAUUGCUCAUUGCGACAAUAA